ACGAAAGAAAACCAUUCUUCGAUACUACAUUUCUUUAAGAUGUUCUAUUCGCUUUAAAUUCGUGAAAUAGAAUUGUGACAGUAGUAAUUUGUAAAAAUUUAGAUGACGCUUAUAAUUAUAAAGAGCCCGGCAAGUCUUUCACUAAUUAUCAAAUGGGACAUUAGGAGACGGUGAUGAAACACCGUACAUAGAAAACAACCCUCCCUUGUUUAGGCCGGUUGAACAGAACGCAACUGAAAUCUCAAAGUAAACAACAUACUCUUAUUUCAAUUCAACUUGGAUCUGGAAUCUCGUCUAGUGCAGCAGUUGUAGCCUAAUCAUUGUCAUUCAGUCAGCGUUGGGUCUUCAUACUCCAGAUCUCGUAAAAGAUCCGAAUAUUUUGGAACGAAACCAAAAUUUUAACAAGAUUUGUUGGUAAUUUACUGCUAGCUAGCUACUAGGCUACCUACCUAUAGCUAGCCUAGUAGGUAUGUUCCGGGUAGCCUAGGCGUAAGGUAUCCUAUCGUAAGUGCUGAAUUGGUUUCACUCCCAGUAGUGGGCGGAGGGUAUCGCCUAGUCAGAACGAGUGCACUAAAGCGAAUUUCAAAAUUCUAGCUGCCAACAAAUAGAAACUAUAGCUAUGUAACUACUUGAUGCAGUGCAGAAAACAAGAGUUCUCAUGUGUCACAAGGAUUGCAGUGAAAAGUGAGGAUUACAUAUUAGGAAAAUAUACCCAAUCUUUUGAUUAAUAAACCGGUGCUUUCCCAUAUGUAUACUGAGGUCCAGGCCGUAGUGAUAUAAGAGUAAUGGUUUGUUUCCAGUUGAUAGUUGAGGUUUUAGAAAAAUAGAAGUUCAUGGAAGGAUAAAUUUUGUGUGGUGAUUUUAGAAAAAUUAUUUUAAUAAAGUAAUAUUGGUAUAAGAGGUUAAUAAUCUAAUGAAUAAUGUUAUGUGCCUCUAUUAGAGGAUCUUGGAGACUGUAAUACCAGGUUCAAAAUUUUACAUGAAUAUUGUCCAUAUAUUAAGAAAUUUCUUAGUAUGAAGGGAAAUCAGUUUUUUAUUGGACAGAAUACUGAUUAGUAACUCGGUAUGAUUAAUAAGCGACUGAUUGAUUUUAUUAAAAAAGCUCUGAUUGAAUUUGGUUUAUGAGCACCUGGUGUUUUUACCUGGAAGGUUUAGUGAAGGUUUUGUAGACAUGCCAUAAAUAUAUUGUGAAGGUCUGUAUUCAACCUAAAUUCAUCUCAUUUUAUUUUUGUAUAAUGAACAAAGAAAUCCUUGGAUAUUUAAUUUAUUUCACUUUUUCAUAUGUAAUGUUGGUCUUAAACAGAUUUUUUGUUGUAGGUUAAAGCUUUAAUUAUUAAGCAUGGAAACUCAAGUUAUGGUUACAGUGAGCGAUGACAAUAGCACCAUGAAUGUUACACAUGUCACAGAACAUGCUUAUCAGGAAAGUAGAGAUGAGUAUUGUGAUGGCAUGAACUUACUACAGCCAGACAGCAAAGACAAUCGCUCAAGGUCUUUUACAUGUAAAGAAUGUGGUAAGUCCUUUUUUACCAAUUGCCAUCUUAAAGAGCAUAUGAGAAUUCACUCAGGAGAGAGGCCAUUCUGUUGUACUUAUUGUGGAAAGUCAUUUUUAAGAAAAAGUCACCUGAAAGUGCAUACGAGAAUCCAUACCGGAGAAAAGCAGUUUAGCUGUACAUAUUGUGGUAAGAGAUUUAGAGAAAAGAGUUUUUGCACAACACACGAGAAAACUCAUGUGGGAGAAAAGCUGUUUACUUGUUGUGAAUGUGGAAGAGCAUUUAAAGAAGAGCAAAGUUUAGCUCUGCAUCAUAUGAGAAUUCAUACGGAGGAGAAGCCAUAUUUUUGUACAAAUUGUGGAAAGAGGUUUAGUGAAGAAAAAUCUCUUGCUAGUCACAUGAGAAUGCACCGUGACAGACAGUUCUCUUGUCCAGAGUGCAAUAAAAAAUUUAUUGCAAAGAGUCAUCUUAAUUUGCACUUGAGAAUUCACACUGGAGAGAAACCAUAUCAUUGCCAUGAUUGUGGAAAGAAAUUCACAUACAGUAAUUCUUAUAAAAAACACAUGAAAAUUCAUUCUGGUAAGAAGCCAUUCAGUUGUUUAGAAUGUGAAAGGGGUUUUAUUCAGAAGCGUGACCUUAUGUUGCACAUGAGAACUCACACAGGAGAGAAGCCAUUCUCCUGUUUAGAAUGUGGCAAAAGUUUUCAAAGAAAAGAAUAUUUGAAAAUACACUUAAGAAUUCACACUGGAGAAAAACCGUAUCUUUGCACCGAAUGUGGAAAGCUUUUUAGUCAGAAAUCGUCACUGAAUGCACAUUUGAAACUCCACAAAGCAAAUGGAUUACAUGUAUUAUCAGAAGAGGAAAGUAAAGUGAGUGACCUAGACAGGAGUCCCAUGGUGCCUGUUAAGUGUGAAAUAGAAGAAAUUGAUUGUGAUACGGUUGACAGUAACUCAGAUCAGAAAGGGAAAUCUGAUUUUGAAGUAGAAAACUAUGAUAAGCUAUUAGAUGAAUGUUUGAGUGAAGAAGAAACAAAAGUAUUUCAGCCUGAACUAGUUUGUAUUAAACAAGAGGAAGCUUAUUGAUUUUGAUUGGUUUUACAGUUUUUUAUUUUGGGUUUUAUAUACAUAGCACUAUACAUGUAGUUGAAAACUUAUCAGUAAGAUUGAUUUUAACAUUACUAGUAUUUGGAAUUGUUGAGAAAUUUAAUUGUGACUAGAGUUUCAUGUCAUCCCUUAGGUUUCCUGCAUAUAUAAUUGUGUGCUAAUUAGGCAUUGUUACUUUUCCCAUUUACUUAACAGUGGUUCACUAUGUUUUUGGAAAAUGGUGUACAUUUGUGAUGCAUAGUAUUGAUAUCAUGUAUCGAAGGUUAAAUACAAAAUUCCUGGAUACUUUACAUUUUGCAUCUUAUGUAUCCUUUGUCUAAGUUCAUUUUUGUUUUAACUCAAAACCCAUAAUUUCAUAUGAGUUCUGUGUGGUCUGCACUGCACUCCAAUAGAUACCAUAGUGUAAAGAAAAAGGAUACUCUCCCUGACUGACCAUGAGUCUUGGAACCCUGGUACCACCACAGUGCUAAGUCAUUCCCUUGUGUCUUCAGCCAGAGCACACUUGUUGUUGCCCUAGUUAUGGAUAGUAAUAUUAUACUCAUUCACACUCACUUUUUCUCUUUGUCUGCUUUAUGGUGAAUAAUGAUGGUAAAUAGAUGGGUUGACUAUUUGAUAACAC